AUGGUGAAGGAUAAUGCCGUCUCUCGUCCUUUCACUCGUUCCCUUGCCUCUGCUUUGCGCGCUUCUACUACACAGAAUCAACAGAGAGCAAACACUAAAAGACCAGCCUCUGAGGAUAAGAACGUAACUGCACCCAAUAAGAAGAAGAGGCGAGCAGUUCUAGGGGAUAUCUCAAAUGUUACCUUCAAUGCACCUAAACUUGAGGCCAAAAACAUCAAGCAGGUAAAGAAAGGACGGGGUACAUCUCAGUUGGCAUCAUCUUGUGUUACUUCAGAAAUCACAAAACUUCAGUCCAAGACCGAUGCAAAAGCUGAAGCUGUAUCAGUGACAGCAGGAAGCAUGUCUCUUUGUAAAGGCACAAAUGACACACCUGAUAUCCCAAAAUUCAUAGACAUUGAUUCAGAUGACAAGGAUCCUUUACUCUGCUGCCUCUAUGCCCCUGAAAUCUACUACAGCCUGCGUGAUAAACUUCAAAAAAAUCCAACACUUGAGCAUUACACAACGUACAAAGCCUCAGAUCUGAAAGCAUCUGUUUAUGCGUUACAAGAUCUGCAGCUUAACACCAAAGGUUGCCCGUUGAGCGCUGUACGCAUGAAGUAUAAGCAAGAGAAAUUCAAAUUUGUGGCGGUACUCACAUCUCCUAAAUUACUUGACACACUAUUCUGA